UAUUCUUCAUUCAACCCACAAGAAAAAUAGUUUGAAUUGAAAAAUUGGUGUUUGCUUCCUUCAGGUGUCUUGGUCUCCAAUUUCAUGGCAAAACAUACUCUAUGAAAUGCUAAUAAAUACACCACUUCUCUCUCUCUCACACACAUCACACGAAUCAUUCAUCCAUGACUCCUACUACUAACAAACCUUCAUCUCCGAACCAAUCGAUUCAGCAGCGUAGACUUGCUAGACAGAGGAUGUUGUGUUACCCUAACGAUCAAGAAGGUGAAACCUUUCAUUCAACGGUGGCUGUUACUAUUUCGUUACCGGCUUCUCCUCGUCGUUCUAGCUCUUACAGUAGGUCUUCUUCUCCUGUUUUUCCUCAACCGCUUCCGUUACCGUUACCGGAAUCGCCGUUGACCAGACGACCUGAUAAUCUUGCUACGUUACCGACUUCAAGGUUAUUAAUUAGUAAAGAUACUAGAAAACACUCUCAUGACCAUUUAGAUGAAGCUAUUUCCAACUUGAAGAUGCAAUUUACUGCUACGAGUACCCCAACUAGCAUAUUCUCCAGUCCUAUUACUAGUUCUGGCAGAUUAAGCAGUGGAAAUUUAUCCGAUCCUGCCAUCAAUUUUCCUCGAGAUUUUAAUGACAUUUCGAGGCUUCCCGCUAAAACUUCUCAUAGCUCGGGGAGCCACAGUCCUAAACAGCAAAACACUAUCCAAGGGGGGUCUCAUUCUCACCACUCUAAGAUUUACUCCAGGGUGUCGUCUGAAAAUAACCGUGCCGAUGCACAUCCACUGCCCCUUCCACCUCCAACGAGAGCUUUACCACGGCCACAACAACCAAUGAAGAGUCAAUGGCAGAAAGGAAAACUAAUUGGACGAGGAUCGUUUGGAAAUGUUUAUCAUGCAACUAACCUAGAGACUGGAGCCUCAUGUGCCAUGAAAGAGGUGUAUCUGUUUCCCGAAGAUCCUAAAUCGGAUGACUAUUUAAAGCAACUCAGCCAGGAAAUCGGGACUCUUGGUCUGCUACACCACCCCAACGUUAUGCAAUAUUAUGGCAGUGAAUUAGUUGGUGAUCAAUUGUGCAUGUAUAUGGAAUAUGUCAAUCCUGGAUCACUUCUGAAGUUUAUGCAAGAACAUAAUGGGGCUCUGACAGAACCCGUGGUUCGCAAUUUCACUAGGCAUAUUCUCUCUGGAUUGGCGUACUUGCAUAGUACCGAGACUAUCCACAUGGACAUUAAAGUUGCGAACUUGCUAGUGGAUCCAUCAGGCAUUGUCAAGCUUGCAGAUUUUGGGGUGUCAAAAACUAUGACAGAGAAAUCAUAUGAACUAUCGCUGAAAAGAAGUCCCUACUGGAUGUCGCCAGAGCUCAUGAUGGCCACCUUCAUGAAAAAGACCGAUCCCAGCGUCACCACGGCUGUUGAUAUAUGGAGCUUAGGAUGCACCGUCAUCGAAAUGCUGACCGGAAAAUCCCCAUGGAGCGAGUUUUCAGGGAAUCAAGUCGUGUUCAAGGCACUGAACAGAUCCCCGGACAUACCCGAGACAUUAUCGCCGGAAGGGCAGGAUUUCCUUGAGCAGUGUUUCCAAAGGAACCCUGCAAACCGACCAUCUGCAGCAGUGCUUCUAACACAUGCCUUUGUACAAAAUCUGCAUGAACAAGAUGCUAUAGUUCAGUCACUAGGCAGCCAUAAAGAACAGACCCUGCUCAAAGAUGAAUCGCGUAAACAUGAUCCAGGAAACAGUUCAAAAGUUAGCCGUGGUGUAGCUCCAGCUUUCUUUCGUGCACGAAUUUUUCGCAAAAUUCAAAAUUUAAUCGGGGGAACUGGAAUACGGAGCAAACAAGCACUCGAUAGGACCACUUCCAUGUUUUGAAGUAGCUUUUCUACCACUACCAUGAAUAGGAACUUCAUCAUGGCACAAUCCACAAAAAAUGUCAUAUCAUACCUUUAGUUUUAUAGAGGAUUUCAAUAUUUUGGAUGUUAGGUUAGAUCUAUAUGGCAUGUUUAAGCUUUUAGCUUACGAGUUAUCAUUAUGUUUGAGAUGUUUUGUUGGAUGCAAUUGUUUUGAUAUUUUGGGUGUUAUGUUGGAUGUUAUUUUGGA